CCCCCGGCCAAUCAGAGGCGCGCUCGGCCGGGCGCCGACCAAUGGGGAGCGAGCACCGUGGAGAGUAACGCUGGAGAAGCUGGGAGUGAAGACACUGCGUAUCGCCUCACUCCAGCACAGCCAUUGCCAGCAUUUGACAAGCCAGCCUCGGUCUUCUGAUUUUUGCGCAGUAGGUGUUUUACUCGGCCAGGAUGAGGAAAGAUCCUUCCAAACCACGGGGCAAGAUGUCCUCCUACGCCUACUUUGUGCAGACCUGCAGGGAGGAGCACAAGAAGAAACAUCCCGAGGCUUCGGUCAACUUUUCCGAGUUCUCCAAGAAGUGCUCUGAGAGAUGGAAGACCAUGUCCGCCAAGGAGAAAGGCAAGUUCGAGGACCUGGCCAAGCAGGACAAGGUGCGCUACGAGCGCGAGAUGGUCAACUACGCCCCCGCCGGCAGAGGCGGAAAGCAGAAGAAGUUCAAGGACCCCAACGCCCCCAAGAGGCCCCCCUCGGCCUUCUUCAUCUUCUGCGCCGAGUUCCGCCCGAAGGUGAAGAGCGAGAGUCCCGGCCUGACCAUCGGGGACGUGGCCAAGAAGCUGGGCGAGAUGUGGAACGGCACGGCCUCCGAGGACAAGCAGCCCUACGAGAAGAAGGCCAACAAGCUGAAGGAGAAGUACAAGAAGGACGUGGCGGCGUAUCGCUCCAAGGGCAAGGCGGGCGGCGCUCCGGCCAAAGCGCCGGCCAAGGCGGAGAAGAAGAAGGAGGACGACGAUGACGACGAUGACGAGGAGGACGAGGAGGACGAAGAGGAGGAGGACGAGGAGGACGAGGACGAGUAGCGAGGCUGUGGUGAAUGUCACUUGUUUUUAUGCUGUACAGUUUGUUUGUAAAGUAACGUCCCUCCACCCUGUCAGGCCCCGCACUAUUAAGCCCCGCCCCCUCGUGCGCAGCCACAACACAAAAAAAAAAACGUUUCUGUCUCGUGUGUUUUUUUUUCUUUGUCUUUUUCAUUUUCUUGUUCUCUGACAAUUGAGGUCUUUAUGUGUUAGCCAAGAAGAGAGAAGUCGGCUUUAUUCUUCAACUUUCAACUGCUUCGGAUGUCAAUAAACAUUUUUGUAAUAAA